AUGCGCGCCAACACGCUACUCUUUACUAUCACCAUAUCCAUCCUCCUCUCAUACGCGAAUGCAGCACCAGCUCCUAUCCCAGAUAUCCCAGAUAUCCCAGACAGUCUUGAGAUUGUCAAAGCUGACACCGCACAGCCCACACCACCUUCAGAUCUAGUACACACGGUCGAGGCAGCUCUAGGUUCAAUCGCAGACAUCUUCCAAUCCUUAAGCAAUGGUGACUCGUCCCACGAAUCCGAUCAGACAGACUGGUCCUGCCAAUUGACGGAUGAGCAUCCAAACCCUGUCAUCAUGCUUCAUGGACUCAUUGCUCCUUCAUUCACAAGGAUAUUGUGUCUACCAGGCGGCCUCACAGAUAUCCGCGAGUCCUCAAAAGAACUCGACGCCUUUAUCACAAAAGUCCUUGCAGCCACGUCUUCCCCAUCCACCCAAAAAGUCGACCUCAUCGGCCACUCCGAGGGCACAGUUGUCGCCCGCUACUACCUCAAAUUCCUCGACCGCCAAAGUCAGCCACAACAAAAGAGUGAGGAGGACACUACAGAUGAGACGAUCCACCAAGAACGGCCAGGACGUGUCCGCUCGUUGGUGAGCAUCGCACCCGUCGGAAAGGGCACAUCUGUCCAGGGCCUAUUGUCGAUGACGCAAGUCCUGGGGGUCUUUGACUUUCUCGCUGACGCCGUCCAGCAGUACUGUGCCGCCUGUGUCCAGCUCCUUGAAGGCUCCGAAUUAAUGAAGGCACUGUACGGAGACGAUAGUCUGCAAGGUGAGGUUCCGGGCGUCCGGUACUUAAACAUCGUCACAAGUCGCGACGAUAUGGUGACCCCCUUCACCAACGGCGUCAUGACCGUACCCGAAGUAACCAAAUCCACUGAUGUGGCGAGGGUGAAAAUCGAGGCGGAUGCGCCGUGGUUACAAAACUUGGUGAUUGAGAACCACUGCGACGUCAAUCCCAAUUACUCGAACCACUUUGGCAUCUUCCAGAGUCCGUUUGCCUUCCAUGCCACAAACGCCUUUCUGUCAUCCGAUUCCGGCACGCUUGACGCCACCAUCCCUUGCGCACUGGAUCCCGACACCUCCUCGUCCUGA